CACUAAUCCACAUCUAUGGUGGAUUACAUGGUGUGUGGACAUGCAUGCAAUACCUUCAUGGGUGGCUCGAACAUUGCUCUACUGAUUUGCAGUCUGUCGGCCUGCUGGCCUCCUGGCCAACCUCUGGGACAAGUGCCCCUGCGAUUCGCUGCGUUGGGGGACUGGGGUGGGGUUCCAGUGCCUCCGUACUUCACUCAUCACCAGAAGGCCAUCGCAGACGAAGCUGAUUGGCUCGCCCGGACCGCGGGUCUGGACUUCGUCCUAAGCCUCGGGGACCACUUCUACUUCAACGGAGUGAAUGAUGUGGCAGACCCCCGCUUCAAGUACACAUUUGAGAAGGUAUUUUUUCACAAGUCCUUGCUGGCAGUUCCAUGGUACCUGGUGGGAGGGAACCAUGACCAUCGCGGGAGCAUCUCGGCCCAAAUUGCCUACUCCAACAUCUCCCACAGAUGGAACUACCCGUCCCUUUACUACGAGCUCCUGUUCCCGGUUCCUCACACCAACGUGUCGGUGACGGUGCUGAUGAUCGACACCGUGGUGUUAUGUGGGAACACGUACGACCAGGAGCAGCCGAGUGGGCCGGAGGACUCAGUGGCGGCAGAGAUCCAGUGGGCGUGGAUCCUCUCUAGACUCGCCAACAGCAAGUCGGACUACCUUGUUGUGGCUGGUCACUACCCCGUGUGGUCCAUCGGCCAUCACGGGCCCACCCCCUGCCUGCUGGAGAGGCUGCGUCCUUUACUGAAGAAGUACCAGGUCACUGUGUACCUGUGUGGCCACGACCAUGAUCUGCAGUUCAUCAGAGAGGAUGAUGGGAGCUCCUACGUCAUCAGUGGCAGCGGGGUCGUCAGCGACUACUCCUCCGAGCACAGGGACAGCGUACCGUUGUCCUGGCAACUCUACUCCAGCCCUGUCAAUCACACAUCUGGAGGAAUGUCUUACUUUGAGGUCACAGAGAAAGCAAUGUCCAUCAGCUUUCUACAGACGGAUGGGAAAUGUGUGUACCGCGCAGAACUGGGACCUCGCAACACUUGAGGGGUUGGAUUGAAGGAAGGAUAUUCAACCCUCUGAAUUGCAGCGAUUUGACGCGGGGGACUAAGACUCGAUCAGCGGUAUCAAUCCUGUGUCUAGCAGGGAAUAACACACUACUACUGACACUACUACUACCACCAUUACAACUACCACUACUGUCAUUGUAUGCGUUGAAGGAUAAAUGAGUGAAAGCUAUCGCUUUCGGGGGGUCAUUUGCAAAUCAUAAACACAAGGUAACACAAGGAAAAACAUUCUUUUUUUGUUUUAUUGGGAUGUAUUGUUGAAUCAGUAUUAGUUGUUUCCAAGUACAAAUGAUACUAAUUCAUUUCAUAACAGCCAAUCAGUGUUCAAAUCAAUGUAAACCUUUUCAAAUAAAAACAUAUUUUUU